UAGGGUUUGCUUGUCCAAGCGAAUUCUUCUGCGGCCGGUCCGAUUUUUCAAGAUAUACAAUGUUUGUUGGAUUGAAACUAUAGAUACAGUUGUAAGUAACAUAGAAAGUAGAAGAUAGAACAUCUGAUAAUCAAACCACCACAAUGGAUCAUUCAAACCACCACCACAAGCUACCUACAAUGCCAGCUGGCACCAUUUCUUCUCCGGCGAGUUUAGCCCACGACCACCACCGCCACCUCGUUCGCAGUCAACAGCGGAAGCAACUCCAUGCAUUCUGGGCCAACCAGCUUCGAGAAAUCAACCAAACCACCGAUUUCAAGAACCACAGCCUCCCGCUCGCUCGAAUAAAGAAGAUAAUGAAAGCCGACGAGGAUGUGAGAAUGAUUUCCGCAGAAGCUCCGGUUAUAUUCGCAAAGGCGUGCGAGAUGUUCAUAUUGGAACUGACUCUUCGAUCUUGGAUCAAUACAGACGAGAACAAGAGGAGGACUCUUCAGAAGAACGAUAUCGCAGCUGCUAUUUCGAGGACCGAUGUUUUCGACUUUUUGGUCGAUAUUAUUCCGCGAGAUGAGUUGAAGGAGGAGGGACUCGGUGUAACUGAGUCCGCUGCUGUUCCGUUUGUUGGAUUUGGUGCCGCUGAGGCUCCACCAUAGUACUAUGUAUCCUCACAAAAUCAUCCUAUCGAUGAACAGCAUCGGCAGGCUCUUCCUUUUGUGACGUGGCAGCCACAGGAGGAGCCACCUCAGCAGCAACCGAGCGACUCGUGAUGGAAUUGGAUGGUUUUGUGUUGUUCGUCAGUAGUAUUUAUAUAGUCUCUGUAGUAUAGAUAGAUUUUAAGGUAGUGUAUAAUAUAUAAGUUAUAUAGCCUUCUGAAUUCUAAUUUUUAAAGAAUUGCCCGACUCUCGAAAUCGAAAUGGCAGUCGUCUAUUUGUCGAAUUGUGAUUCGAGAAUAACUGCUGUCAACAAUCUACCGUAGUAAAAUCUUUGCCCAAAAUUUUCCUAUUUGUAUCCUAUAAUAAUAAAUAUGAAUUAUAAAUUAUCCCAGAAACAAUCCCAGGAUUGCAAGGGUACAUUAGUUUC